UCCUCCUUUGUGACGUGUAACAACAUUACCUGGGCUGUCAUGGCGGCACAGAAGAUCAAUGAGGGUCUGGAACACCUCGCGAAAGCUGAGAAAUGCCUUAAAACAGGUUUCUUAAAAUGGAAACCUGACUAUGACAGUGCAGCAUCUGAAUAUGCAAAGGCAGCUGUUGCUUUUAAGAAUGCCAAACAGUAUGACCAAGCAAAAGAAGCUUAUUUAAAGGAAGCUGAAUCGUAUGAGAAUCACAAAGCUCUUUUCCAUGCAGCUAAAGCGUAUGAACAAGCUGGGAUGAUGUUAAAGGAGAUGCAGAAACUUCCGGAAGCUGUCCAGCUAAUAGAAAAAGCCUGUAUGAUGUAUCUAGAAAAUGGAACCCCUGACACUGCAGCAAUGGCAUUGGAACGAGCUGGAAAGUUAAUAGAGAAUCUGAACCUGGAAAAAGCUGUCCAGCUCUAUCAACAAUCUGCUUCUGUUUUUGAGAAUGAAGACCGUUUACGCCAAGCAGUGGAACUUGUAGGUAAAGCUUCAAGACUUCUAGUGAGAGCUCGCCGGUUAGAUGAGGCAGUAGCAUCGAUCCAGAAGGAAAAGAAUAUGUAUAAAGAAAUAGAAAAUUAUCCCACUUGCUAUAAGAAAGCAAUUGCUCAAGUGUUAGUACAUCUUCACAGAAAUGACUAUGUAGCUGCUGAAAAAUGUGUCAGAGAAACCUAUAGUAUACCUGGUUUUAAUGGCAGUGAAGACUGUGCUGCCUUGGAACAGCUUCUAGAGGGUUAUGAUCAGCAAGACCAGGAUCAGGUGUCUGAUGUUUGUAACUCACCGCUUUUUAAAUACAUGGAUAAUGAUUAUGCUAAGCUUGCUUUAAGUUUGGCAGUUCCUGGAGGUGGGAUAAAAAAGAAAUCCCCUGCAACUUCACAGGAUGGAGUACCAGCAACUGCUCAAGGAUCGGCUCAAGUAGAUGAAGAUGAUGAAUAUUCAGGAGGACUUUGUUAAUAUCAAUAGCUUGCAUUGAUUGAAUAUGUAUCUAUGAUUCUGGCAUCAGAUUUACUGGAUAAUGUGAUGAUACGGAUAUAAAGUUGGGAUACAAAUGAAUAGUAUUUAUGUAUUGUGGAAAAACAAUUUACAUAUUUCUGCACUUUCUGUUGCCAUUCAAUGCCGUUAUGUAACUUGGCAGAGUGUAUGUAAGGCUGCUGCGCCCCAGUUCAUAAUAAUGUGUAAAGUGACUGUAUUUAGGAUCACAUAUAAUUACAGCAUGAGUUUAGUCACCUAGAUUGAUCAUGUGGUCUCAUAUUAUUGAGCCCCUGUCUGUAUUUAUACAAAUAUGUAAUACUGGUUUUCUGUAAAUGACUGGAAUAUUAAAUAUUUAAAUAUAAACCUCUAUCGGAUUGUAUAUGCUACUAAUACGUGGCACUUUGUUGUAUGUGUGUCUAUACAAGUUAUUUAGUUUGUUUAUACACAUAUAGUAUUCUACUGGUUUUAUGUUUUGUCAUAUUUUAAACAGGCUAUAUAAUUAAGACUGUUGAUUAUUGUGAUGCAAAUAUAAUUUUUUUUUGUGUUAAAAGCUCUUGCACUAGAACUCACAGCAUGUUGUCUAAGUACUUCUUCAAACAAUACAUUUCUUUUUCAGCUGAUCUGUGUGCACAUUCUGCAUAAAAUGUAUUCGACUGUAAUAUCUUCACAAAAUAAUUAUAAACAUUCUUAUAAUAGUUCAUAUUCAAACAAGAUUUUUUUAUUUGAAUUCAACCAUAAGUGACUGGUUAUUGUAACAAUUUUCAAUGAACCAGGAACAUUUUCAUUGUUAAAUAUUUGUAGGAAAGUAAGAUUUUGUUUUUUUUGAAUGCAAAUAUAUGUAAUCGUAAUGUUAAAUGAUCCUAUGUAUCAAUGUCUUCUCACCUGAUACUCCUAAGUAUAAUUUAUCUAGUAGAACUGAGUAAGUCCAAACAUUUUAGUAAAAAAAAAAAAAACAUGGGGGAGUAAUUUUAAACUAUCAACCACCUGGACUUGUAAUUAUAGAAUGAAUGUCUGGUGUGGGUUUGUACUUAAAAACAUUCCUUCUGCAUUCUUUUAGUUUUAGAGUUAAUAUCAAUUUGUCUCUUGCGUUGCGUCAAGUGAUUUAUGUUAUGAUUUUAUGGUUGUUUAUCAAACAUAUAUAGUUUGUGACUGGUAAAAAUCUGCACAAUUUUCCAUACUUUGCUAUAAAAAAAAAGUAAAAAAAAAAAAGUUCCCAAAAUCAGGGUGUGUGUUCUAAAAGAAGAAUUCUCACCUUUCACAAUUAUUACAGACAUUGGCUAAAUGUGUGAUUUGAUGACGUUAAAGUGACAGUCUUCUUGAAAAUGUUUGUUUAAAAUGAUAGCUAAUCCCUUUUUAACCAUUCCCAGUUUUGCAUAACCAACAUGGUUAUAUUAAUAUACUUUUUACCUCUGUGAUUACCUUGUAUGUAAGCCUCUGCAGACUGCCCCUUUAUCUCAGUUCUUUUUACAGACUUGUUUUUUUAGCCAAUCAGUGCUGACUCCUGCAAUGUUAUUUAUAUGGCACACAUGAACUAGCAGUGUUUGGCUGUGAAAAGCUAAUAAAAUGCACUGAGAUAAGAGGCGGCCUGUAGUGACUUAGAAACUGGCAAAUAUUUAGUGGUUUAGAGGUUAUAAAGUAUAUUUAUAUAUGAAUGUUGGUUGUGCAAAGCUGGGAAAAAAUGUUGCUUUUCUUUAAACAUUGACAUCUUUCUAAAAUAAUCUAUUUGUUUGUUACUAGAGGGCUUAACAAUGUUUGUUCCAAAAUCAAGGCUCUUUGACCUUAAUAACUCUGUAUGUAUAUCAAUGUGGGAAACACAGUAUUUCCUGUGUGACCCCUAUUCAAUUCAAAAUGUUUUGCCUCACAUGGCUUUUUGGUGGGUUUUCAUACUCCAUUUCAUUAGAAAUAUCCAUUGAGACCCCUUUAUCACCAGCUUUUCAAAUAUGUUACUAGUACAAUAAUUUGACAGGGAUAUUCCAGUCUAUAAAAAAAACACUUUUUCUAGCAGCUUCAAGUAGAAUAUUUGGACUUUUUAAAUUUAACAGCCUUUACCUCAUGAAAACUCAUUUUGCCUUGAGCAACAUAUGCUGAAUAUUCAUUUAGGAUUGCAAUUAACUGUUUUGUUGUUUAAAUGCUAAUGUGUCAAUUGCUCAAAACAAUGAGAAAGUGUUUAACACAUGUCAUAAAUUGUUAUUUCGGUAAGUGAAAAACUUGUAUUUAAACUGAUUCGGCUAUCAUUAACAAUAUUGGCUCAAUUAGCCAUUGUUUAAUUUUACUUUGUCUAUUUUUUGCUUCCUUAAAUUCCAGCAAAAACUAAUUUGCAAAGUCAAUAAUCUGCCUGUCUUCAUUUUUUUUUUUUUUUUGUGCGUGUGUUUUCCUUUCUGUAUUGUUUACAUAUUUUUUUUUUGGCUAAUUCAAAGCUCCUAAUCUAAUGGAAUGGCCAAAAAAAGAAGCCAAAAGCUCAUUUAAAGUGACAUACGAGUUUUCACCUGGAUUAGGGGACCCUCUUAUAUUUAAUGCCCCCACCAACAGAUAAAAGCUAAAUCAAAUCAAGGUCAUUUAUACGAGCCUAAUCUUUAAAGGGAUAUGAAACCCAUAAAAUUUUGUGAUUCAGAUAGAUAACCCAAUUCCCCCCCCCCCCCCAAUUUACUUAUAAUAUCAAAUUUGCUUAUUUCCCAUAAUAUUCUUUUUUUGCUGCCAUCUAGUGCUCUUGCAUAUGGGUAACGUUCUUGCUGUUGCCAUCUAGUGCUCCAGACACAUGCACGCUUAUGUCCCUGCUUUUCAACAAAAGAUACCAAGAGAACAAAGAAAAUGUGAUAAUAGAAGUAAAUUAAAAAUGUGUUUAAAAAUUGCAUGCUCUAUCUGAAUCAAGAAAGAAAAAUAUUGGGAAUCGUGUCCAUUUAAUGAUAUAAAUCAUUUGAUAUUCACUGCAGCCUCGUGGUGGAGCUGAAGGCAUUUAACACUGGAAAAGUAAAGCAUACAUUCAGCUUAUGUACAAUGUACCAGAAUUUUACAGCAAUUCUAAGAUUGUCCUCACAAACCUUUCCAAAAUAAAAUAAACGGUUUUGUGAUUUUUCUUGAAAAA